CUGACUUGCUCUAAGAUGAAGGUAUGGAAGUUUGCAGCCAUUGCAUCGAUGCUCCUCAGUUCCAUGUUAUCCAUUUUAGUUUGUAGAGACAUGUUCAACGGAAGCCGGGAAUUCAGCCCCUCGCCGUCUUCCUCACGGGAUUCCUCCUCCUCCUCCUCCUCUUCUUCUUCCUCCUCCUCCUCCUCCUCCUCCUCCUCGCUGCCGGCGGCUCCGCGGAGAUCCCCACGAGCCCUGCAACGCCACGGCUCCCUGCUGGCCCAGUACAGCGCCUUGCUGGAGAGCUACACGGAGGGCGAGCUGCGCCAGCUGCUCUCGGCUCUGCUGCGGCGUUACCGCCAGGCCAUGGCCUCGGGCGGCGGGCACGGGCGGCCGCUCUUCCCCCGCGCCGGCGGCCGCAGCAAACGCGCCCGCGCCCGCCACAAACCCUGCGAGCUCCGCCAGCUCCAGGUGAGCGUCAGCGAGCUGGGCCUGGGCUACGAGUCGGACGAGACCGUCCUGUUCCGCUACUGCAGCGGCACCUGCGAGGCCGCCGUGCGCAGCUACGACCUCUCCCUCAGGAGCAUGAGGGGCCGCAGGAAGAUCCGCAAGGAGAAGAUCAGGGCCAGGCCGUGCUGCAGGCCGCUGGCCUACGACGACGACGUGUCCUUCUUGGACGCCUACAACCGUUACUACACCGUCAACGAGCUGUCGGCCAAGGAGUGUGGCUGCGUGUGA